AUGAAGUUGUUAAUCGUGUCUUUGAUCUGUGUGAGUUUUAUACAAUUCUCCGUAGGACGAGCUUUCUCGAAGAACCAGCUACGAAAUGCGCUUAAAGAGUUUUUCAAAGACUACAGAGAGAGGAACGCAAAGGAUGAUGAAGACAUCACACCAUUUGUCCGUGAGGAAACUGAAGAUGACUCUUUGAACGUAUCGGAACUUAAUUCUGAUGACGAAGACGAAGCCGAAAGUCAAAAAGUAGAUCUACCAGGUGGAGUAAAGAAGCCAACUAACACCCAUGCUCACAACAAGGAGGAACAGAAGGAAGACAAUCUAGAUAGACACCCUCCCAAUCAAAAGACAAAAGGAGGAUUAUUUCAGAAAGCCAAAAGAACGUCAAAAAGAAUAUUUGAGGACACAUCCACCGUCUGGGCAAACGGCAAAGUCCCUUAUGUCAUUGACGAAUCUACUUUUGCCGGAAGCGAAAAUUAUCUCAGCUUACUGAAAGACAUACUUAGAGAGGCUAUACGGCAGCUCAAAGAGAACACGUGUGUAGAAUGGGUGCCAAGGACAUCAGAAGACGAUUACGUCAAGAUUAUAAAUGACAAAGGCUGUUACUCCUAUGUUGGAAAGAUUGGAGGUGCCCAACCAUUAUCCAUCCAGGCUGACGGUUGCACCACGAUUCACACGGUUUUACAUGAAAUGUUGCAUGCAAUGGGAGCGGCUCAUCAACAGUCCCGCAGCGACAGAGCAGGAAUGACGUCAAUGAAAUGGAAAAUGAUCGAGUCUGGAUAUUUGAAUAAUUUUGAGAUGGAAAAUACAAAAAAUGCGCAACCGUACGACUACAAAUCACUGAUGCAGUAUGAACUUGAUUCAUUUGGAAAGAAUGGAGCGAAUUCGAUGUCCAUCCCAGAUAUGAGUUUGGAGUACCUUAUCACCAAUACGAAAAGUUCUCUAACAAUAUACGACAUUGGGGAAAUCAAUAGUGCCUAUCAAUGCACUGCAAGCUGUACCAACAAAUGUGAAAAUGGAGGUGUUGUGAUAAAAGGAGACGGAAAUUGUGGGUGUAAAUGUCCGCCUGGUCUGAAAGGCGCUGAUUGUUCCGAAUUGGACACCACUGACGGAUGUGGGGGUUUCCUAACACUCAGUAGUGAUGCAGAAAAGAAAACAAUCGCUAUGGACUCUUACAAGACUGAUCAAUUGUGCACUUGGAUUGUCAAGGGACCAUCUGGCACGCGUAUAAAGGCCACAAUAGAGUCAAUGAAUAUCCCAUAUAGCGAAUAUAACGAUUGCUAUCAUUGGCUAGAGUUUAGGGACUACCUAAUUGGCGAUAGAGGCAAAGAGAGAUGCGGGACCACGGGAGGAGAAAUCUUUACAAAGAUGAUAAUUGGUGAUCCAACAAGAAUGAUGAUCCGCUUCAAUAGCAAGAAACACAAGGACCAUGCACCAGGGAAGGGGUUUUCCGUCUCAGUUCAAGCUGUCAAGUCGGGAUGUGUCAGCUCACCCUGUAAAAAUGGAGCUAAGUGUACUGAUAUUUCUGGAGGCGGAUUCACAUGUGAAUGUUUGAAUGGGUUUUCUGGAAACGACUGCAACACUUUGGCGGCUGACGCCAAAACAAAGUGUGAUUUCCAAAAUGACUUCCGUGCAUGUGUUUUUCAUCCAGACACUCAAAUGUCGACGUUUGAGUUUAUACUCAGCAGCGCUGUAGAUCCUAACUUUCCUGGAAAUGAAAAUGGCUUCCAGUAUCUUGUCAUCAGGAAUUCACAAUCCUAUUUCCCUGACGGAAAGGCUUAUUUGGUAACAUCUGUCAAUUUUGAGGAAUCUGAAAGAUGUUUAAGCAUGAAAUAUGGAUACACUGAGGAAUACUAUGGCCUUGGGACAGACACUCAGGUUCUGGUUCACUACAAGGGAGAUAACCAGGAACAGACGACAAUACUUACCCUGGGUACCUCUGACAUCAUCGUCGGAUCUUGGAAUAGGACAGAAGUAACGAUCCCCUCUGUAAAGGGUCUUAAAAUUACAAUAGAAGCAAUAGAAGGAUACCAGGGGAUGGGAUUAGAUGACAUUGAACUUAAACCAGGAGCCUGUGCAAGAAAAACUGAUGAUGAUGAUAGCUGCGAUCAACACGACAAAGCUUCUUGGAAAUACUAUUUCUGUCUUUUGUUUAGUUAG